AUGAUAAUAUCCAAAGACGAUUCUGAAAGUUUGUCUCACAGUCAGUACACCAGUUCGGCUCAAACUCAGGAAGAAAACCAUGUCAUUGCCUACUGGAGGGGUUCGGAGCCCAGAUAUGUUGAUGAUCAACGAGAAACGUUCUUGGAUUACUACAAAUGCAUGAAUGUGACGCCUGAUUCGGACAUUUCGCAUUGCCGUGCAAAACAAGAAAGCCUUCAGACAUGUAUACAGGCAAAGGUGCCGUUAUACGCCAAGGUAUCCAAGACAUGCGAGGAACAGACCAAUCUUUUCAAGAGCUGCAUCACCAAAAACGGAGGAGUCAAAAGCAAGUGCAUCGAUGAGAUGAAUGCUGUCAGGGAAUGCUCUCUGAAGGUGAUGGCGGAGGAUGAAGCAAGCCAGAAGAAAGGGUUUCCCAACUGA